CACAACUUCUUAUUGAUAUUGAGUUUAAUGAUAAGAAAAAUCAUUUUGUUUUAACUUAUGAAGAGGCCUUAGAACAAAGGAUCAGUUCUUUAAUAGGAGCCUUCACUGAUGCACUCAUAAUCUCUUCAAGAAAUGUAACAAGUGCACAAGAGUUACAAAAAGAAAGGCAAAAACAUUUGGCUAAAGCUUAUGAGUAUCACGAAAAUGAUAUCGUAUUAUUAUAUAAUUCUGCUAAAAGACAAGUACAUAGACAAAAGUUUAAUCCUAAAUGGACAGGACCGUUUAAAAUAGAAAAGAAGUUAGGUAAUAAGGUUUACUUGAUAAGGGAUAAAAUUGGUAAUACAUUACCUAAUCCUGUUUAUGCAGAGAGAUUAAAACAUUAUAAACAAAGGCAUUUUGUAAAACCUUUUCUAAAAAUUUUACAAAUCAUGGAACUUCAACUUUCAGAAACUAAACGUGUUAGGUUAUUAGAACUUUAUCAAAGUUUACAAUUAGAUUACACUUCUGUCAAUAUACAAAUGACCUCUACACGAAUUAUUGUACAAAGUAGUUCACAACAAACCUCUCUAACAAUUCCUACUCACUACCGACGAACACGACCUCAAAACUUUAACAAAUAUAUUGAAGAUGCAUGUUAUGCUGAAGUUGACCUUGACCUUGAAUUAUAUGAUAAAGGAGAUAUUUUAUCUCUUAGAUUAUUGUCUGUGCUUGGAGAAUUUCCAAUUCCUCAAUUUAGAUAUAUUACUCCUAAUUGGUUAUAUCAUUUAACUAGUGUAGACUGUGAUUAUUUUAUUCAAAAAUGUAGAGAACAACUUUCUCAAAAUAUGGAGAAUUUCGCAGGAGCUCAAUACUAA